UCUUCUUAUUCCUUAUCCUCCAAGCCAAUUGUUAAUUCCAUAGUCCGCCAUUGCAGCUUAUCUUCAUUCUUCACUUUGAUACUUCUUCUGCGGUGGCGGAACCAUGACGUCUUCUCCAACUCCCAUCUCUCCACUCUCUCUUCCCAACUCAAGACCAAAAUCAAACAGACCGCCGUCUUCAUUGCCUCCUGCGUGGAACCCCAGCCCCAAAUCCGUCCCCAAAGAGCUCUACUUCAACCGCGACGGGUCUGCCUUGAAGAAGCUUCAGGUUGGAGUUGAUUUGGUGGCGGAGUUGGUGGGCGUUACGUUAGGGCCGAAGGGGAGGAAUGUGGUGCUUCAAAACAAAUAUGGACCGCCCAAGAUCGUUAAUGACGGUGAAACCGUCCUCAAAGAGAUUGAGCUGGAAGACCCUUUAGAGAACGUUGGCGUGAAAUUGGUGAGACAAGCUGGUGCAAAGACAAAUGACCUUGCUGGUGAUGGUUCCACUACAUCUGUCGUUCUUGCCCAGGGAUUGAUUGCUGAGGGUAUGAAGGUUAUUUCAUCUGGCAUGAAUCCUGUACAAAUUGCACGUGGAAUUGAGAUGACUGCAAGAGCACUAGUUUCUGAACUGAAAUUGAUAUCAAGAGAGGUAAUCAAGGUUGAAGAUCACGAAAUAGCACAUGUUGCCGCAGUUAGUGCUGGGAAUGAUUAUGCUGUGGGAAAUAUGAUUUCAGAUGCCCUUCGUCAAGUUGGAAGGAAAGGAGUUGUCCAAAUUGAAAAAGGGAAGAGUGUUGAUAACAGCCUGCAAAUUGUGGAAGGGAUGCAAUUUGAUCGUGGAUAUUUGUCUCCGUACUUUGUUACUGAUAGACGGAAGAUGAUGGCAGAAUUCCAUGAUUGCAAGUUACUGUUGAUCGACAAAAAAAUCUCAGAUCCAAAGGAAAUGUUUAAAAUAUUGGACAGUGCAGUGAAAGAGAAAUUCCCAAUUGUGAUAUUGGCAGAGGGCAUUGAGCAGGAAGCUCUGGCUCCAGUAAUUAGGAAUAAACUAAGAGGUGUACUGAAGGCAGCUGCUAUCAAGGCUCCUGCCUUUGGCGAGCGCAAGAGUCACUACUUAGAUGACAUAGCCACCUUAACUGGAGCAACCGUGAUUAGAGAAGAUAGUGGAUUGACUUUAGAAAAGACCGGCAAAGAGGUAUUGGGCUCCGCUACCAAGGUUGUUAUAUCAAAGGAUUCCACACUAAUAGUUACAGAUGGAAGAACUCGGGAAGCAGUUCAAAAAAGAGUUUUACAGAUUCAAAAGCUUAUGGAGAAUACGGAGGAAAAUUUUCCAAAGAAGAUAUUGAACGAGAGAAUUGCAAGAUUAUCUGGGCGAAUUGCUAUUCUUCAGGUAGGAGCACAAACUGAAGUCGAGUUGAAGGACAGACAGUUAAGGAUUGAGGAUGCGUUGAAUGCAUCAAAGGCCGCAAUUGAAGAAGGUGUUGUUGUUGGUGGUGGAUGUUGUCUUUUAAGGCUGUCUACCAAGGUGGAUGAUAUAAAGAGUGUCUUGGAAAAUGAAGAACAGAUGAUUGGAGCUGAGAUUUUCAGAAGGGCUUUGAGUUAUCCUACAAAACUAAUAGCAAGAAAUGCCGGUGUCAAUGGAAACAUGGUUAUAGAUAAGGUUCUAAUCAACAAAGAUAUUAAAUAUGGAUAUAAUGCUGCAACAGACUGUUACGAGGAUUUAAUGAAAGCUGGAAUCAUGGAUCCAUCAAAGGUAGUCAGAUGUUGCCUGGAGCAUGCAGCGUCGGUUGCCAAAACUUUUCUGACAUCCGAUGCUGUUGUAGUGGAAAUUAAGGAACCAAAACCCAUCCCAAGAAGAAGACGGAUGCUGUUGUAGUGGCCUCAGACAAAUGGGUCUUUAGCCCGACGAACAAGAUCAGAGUAUGAGAUUACUGUUUCCAGACACAGCCGCGCAAUGUUUUAGUCAUCAGACUAAUGGGUUUUUAGCCACCAUUAAGAUGGAACGUUUCUUGCCCAAGUUGGAGCAAUAAACUGGCUGAUACGAGGCAAUGUUGAGCAGCAAGGUCAGAGCCAAGGAGGCCAAGAAUUUGUAGAGAGAAUGUUCUCUUCACCGAUGACAAUUCCAUUACUUCAGAAAAUCCGCUAGUCAAUUAUACUUGUAUGACCUGUAAUGUAUUUUGAUUAUAACUAGGAUGAAGUACAAAAUCUUAUCCUCGUUCUGUUGUUGAUAAUUUCUUCCAACUAAUGCUGUAAUUUAAAACCCGAAUGGAUGACGAAUUUAUAAAUGCAACUUAUUGGAAGUGGAAUGA